AUGAAUUCUUAUUCGUGUGACCCCAUUAAUGAAAAUACAACACCAAAUGCAACACCACCUUUACCACCCAGACGCAGUAGUAGUAAUACUCAUAUCACGGAUAAGCGAAUGUCAUCAAGUAGAAGUAAUCGCAAAGUUUCAUGCUCUCGCAGUAAAUAUAGGAGGACUGCAUCGCGUUCUCCUGCAGAGAGUGAUAAUCGCUCUCAUACGUCGCAAUACAGUCAUCGUAGAAGCCGUUGUCGGACACCAGUAUCAUCAAGGAAUCGAUACCGCGUCAUGUCUCGGACAUAUAAUAAACGACAAUCACAUGACCGAGGUAGCUUAAGUAGCUCGUCAAAAGGUAGAAAUUUGUUGUCAGAAUCGGGACGAUCGGGAACAGAAUAUACUCAAAGGCAUUCGAGAAAUACUGUGAAGCGAAGUAGAUCAAAUUCUUCAAUUUUAUCCAAAAGCCAUAAUUCUAAAGUACGGUGUCAUGGUUCACGCGAGUCACUUAGUUUAAAGGAAACACCGAAUACAACGCUGCUAGAGCAAUUAGUUAGUGUUCUCAACAAUAAAAUUAAUGCUGGGUCUCCUGGUACUGCCAUACAUAACGCUCAGCACAUGAUAGCAGAAUUCGACCCACAAGCUAAGUCACAGACAAUGAAAGAUUGGCUUUCUAAAAUAAACGAGUCAGCACAUGUGUACGGGUGGUCAGAACGUCAAACGAUAUUCUGUGCUUUGCCUAAGCUGAAAGGUUUAGCCAAACGUUGGUAUGAUGGACUAACAAGCAUUAAAUAUACCUGGUCGGAAUGGCAAGAUAAACUUUUAUCUGCAUUCCCGUGUGAGCAGAACUAUGGGGACUUGUUGUCCGAAAUGUUAAUACGAAAAACAAGACGCAACGAAACAUUGGAAGAGUAUUAUUACGACAAAAUUAUGCUUGUCAACAGAUGCGAACUUAAAGGCAGGCAUGCGGUAGAUUGCUUGACUCACGGAAUAUUUGAUUCAAAUGUGAGAAUGAAUGUGCAAGGAGCCAACCUUCAAGAACCUGAAGAAGUCUUGAAGUACUUUAGAAAUAUAUCGAGUAAGGUUGUAGACACGGUUAAGAGAUACACUCCGAUUAAUCGUGAUAAUACGGACCACAGUCACAUUAAGAAAACUAUGGACUUAAACGUGAGAAGACAAGUUCUGAUAACAUGUUUUAACUGUGGUGAACAAGGUCACACUGUCACAAGAUGUUCCAAGGAGCUUAUUAAAUGUAAAAAGUGUCGACGCUAUGGUCACACAGAAAAAGACUGUAAUGGAUUUGCAGAUCCAACCAAAAAAGAUCAAAGAUUAAUCCUAAACACCACGAAUACAACCAAAAGUGUACUAAAGAUUACAAAUAACGACAGCAGAGGCAAUAAAUACUAUAAACAAGUUAAAGUAAAUGGUCAAAUAAUAUCAGGUUUUAUUGACUUUGGUAGUCAGUGCACGUUAUUAAGAAAAGAUUUAGGAUUAAAGUUGAACAUCCCGAUUGAUAACAUCAAUUUACCAAAAUUGAAGGGAUUUGGCAAUGGUAUCUUAAUUCCGUAUGGCCGAAUCAUCAUUCAAGUGGAAUUAGAUGGAAUAAAUGAAAGAGUAGAAGCCUAUUUAGUGGAGCCCAAUUUAUUGCCAGCAGAUGUUUUGAUUGGACAAUCCUUCACAGAACUUCCAGAUGUACAAGCGUAUAAAUCUGACACUAAAUUAACAUUUUACAAGAAAUUGGGUACUCAAACUGAAAAACUUCCAAUAGUUAUUAUAGAAAGCGUUUUACUUUCUGGAGUAACAAUUGUUACAUGUGGCACAACAGUUAAAGCGAGCGGUUCUAUUUUCGUUUCUACAGAUCCCUGUUUAAAGAAAGGCAAGGAAUACAUGGUGAUUCCGGGGGUGUAUUCUAUAGAACACGGAAAGGGGACCGUCAUCGUGAUCAGUUUAAAUUCAGAACCAUUUAGUUUGCCACAGGGUACGUUAAUCUCUCGAGCGACAUUCAUUUCAAACGAACUAUUGCCUAAAGUUACAACAGAUGAAACUAUAAUAAAAAAUAUUAGUAGCAUAACAACAAACGACUCAACUAAGACUAUAACUGUCGAUCAGCUUAACGUAGACGAUGGUCUACAAUGUGAAGUAAAAGACAGGCUACUUGAAAUAAUAAAUUCACGACGCGAUUGUUUUGCAUUUUCACUUGAGGAACUGGGACAAACUUCUCACGCUGAAAUGCACAUCAAGCUCAAAGAUGAUGAACCGGUAACCUACAGGCCAUAUCGACUCUCAAUAUCUGAACGCGGGAAACUCAAUGCCAUCAUCAGCGAUAUGUUGACUAAUGGCAUCAUACGAGAGUCAAAAUCUCAGUACGCUAGCCCUAUAAUAUUAGUCGCAAAAAAGAACGGCGAGUCAAGGCUUUGUGUUGACUACAGAGCAUUAAAUAGGAAGACUAUUAGAGAAAAUUUCCCGAUGCCUCUGAUCGAUGAUCAGAUAGAUAGCCUCUCCGGUCAGGUUUUCUUUACGACGCUUGACCUUACUUCUGGAUACCAUCAAGUACCAGUAUCAGAGGAGUCGAAACCACUAACGGCCUUCGUCACUCCAGAUGGGCACUACGAAUACAAUCGUAUGCCAUUUGGGCUGACCAAUGCUCCGGCGGUAUUUCAGAGGCUCAUUUUGAAUCUUCUAAAAAAACGUAAUAUUCCAGGAGUUUUAGCAUACAUGGACGAUAUAAUAAUUGCAUCCAAAACAAUAGACGAAGGAAUUGAAAAGUUGCAAGCCGUACUCGACUUGUUAAAGGAAGCAAACUUGAGGUUGAACCUUACGAAAUGUAAUUUCUUUAAAAAAUCAAUUAACUACCUUGGAUUUGAGAUAUCGCACGAAGGUGUAAGGCCAGGUCUUAAAAAGAUUGAAGCUGUUGCUGCCUUUAAGGUGCCCGAAAAUGUACACGAGGUUCGUCAGUUUAUAGGCUUGUCGAGUUUCUUUCGACGUUUUGUACCGGGCUUCGCCUCAAUUGCCAAACCUAUAAACUCUCUUACAAAAGCAAACGCAACAUGGACUUGGGAUAAAGACCAAGUAAAAGCAUUUUCUGAACUUAAAAGAAUAUUAACAACACGCCCAGUAUUAGCCAUUUAUAAUCCCUGCUAUGAGACCGAAUUGCACAAUGAUGCUAGUUCCUCCGGACUAGGCGGCAUCUUGCUCCAACGUCAAAGUGCAGCUGCAGCGUUUCGACCUAUAGCAUAUUUUAGCAGGCAGACUACAGCCGAGGAACAACAUUUUCAUUCCUAUGAACUUGAGACGCUGGCCGUUGUCGCAUCGCUUAAUCGAUUCAGAGUUUAUCUCAUUGGCAUUGACUUCAAGGUUGUUACAGAUUGCAAUGCUUUGCGUACAACUUUGUCCAAGAGAGACCUUAUACCGAGAAUAGCUCGAUGGUGGCUCUUGGUCCAAGAAUUUUCAUUUUCAAUUGAAUACCGUCCAGGAAAACAAUUAGCUCACGCAGAUGCACUCAGCCGAAACGCACUAUCUUCAGAAAAGGCUAAUGAAUUCUACAGUUCGAAUAGCUUUACUAAUGUGCUACAAAUAGGAGAAGUGCAUUGGUUACAAUCGGUACAGAUGAGUGAUCCCAGACUUUGCCAUAUAAAGGCUGUAUUGGAUGCCAAAAGUCAAGAGGCAAAAGACAUUCAGAAUAACUACGUACUGAAAGAUGGUAAGAUUUAUAGGAGAGUUGAAGGCCAAUUACGAUGGGCGGUACCUAGAGAUGCACGGUGGAAGAUUUGUCAACAGUGCCAUGACGAAGCUGGUCAUUUUUCCUGUGAGAAAACAUUGGAAAAAGUGAAAAGAGAUUACUGGUUUCCUAAAUUGACUCAAUUUGUAAAAAAAUAUGUACGUGCUUGUAUUCCAUGCGCACAUGCCCGACAGCCAGGCGGUAAAAAACAAGGAUUUCUACAUUCCAUACCAAAACCUUGUAACCCUUUUCAAUGCUUACAUAUUGACCAUUUGGGUCCCUUUGUAAAAACCAAACGAGGUAAUAUGUAUAUUCUCGGUAUAAUUGACAGCUUCACAAAGUUUGUGGUAAUAAAAGCGGUCAAAAAUACAAAAAGCAAGACGUCGAUCGACGUUCUUAAGGACGUAUUCGGACUAUUCGGGGUACCGCAAAGCUUGAUAUCUGAUCGGGGAACUAGCUUUACUUCCAAUGAAUUUAAAACAUUCGUUGAAUCAGUAGGACUUAAGCACAUCUUAAACGCAGUGGCUACCCCUCGGGCUAGUGGCCAAAUUGAGCGGUAUAACCGCACAAUCCUGGCGUCGAUCACAGCUUUAUGUCAUGGAGAGGAUGAUAGGAAUUGGGACCUUCAUAUUAAUCAGGUGCAAUGGAGUCUCAAUAAUACAGUGAACCAAAGUACUGGCAAAAGUCCUACAGAAAUUAUUUUCGGAAAAAAUACGGUAAAUGCUUCUGAGACUCACCUGCACGAAAUAAUUUCAUCUAAAGAUAUUUCGCCCGAAACUAUACAGAAAAUCAGGAAUGAGGCAAGUGAUAAGUUAGUUAUACAACAAGCGACAAUGAAGGAACAGUUUGAUAAAAAAAGAUGUAAGGCCAAAGUAUACAAGGUCGGGGAUUUAGUAAUGGCACAAAAGAGUACCAGGACACCCGGAGAGAAUCAGAAACUUGUCCCAGCCUUCAGUGGCCCAUAUCGCGUGACAGCAGUGUUGGACCAUGACCGUUAUUUGAUUUGUAGCGUUGAGGGUUACUCAAAAAAAAAGUAUAGUAACGUUUUCCCGGUAGAUAAAUUAAAGCCUUGGGUGACAUUUAAUGAUUCAGAAUCCGAAAGUGAUUACUGCGACAGUAACUAA